AUGUCAGAUAUCGUUUCCGGAUGUAAAUUCAUCUUUUACGAUAACAAUUCCAAAGAAGUUUUUCGAGCUACAAGUAGUGGGUGUUACAAUGUUAACAAAAUUAGUACUGCGUCGUUCUUUGGAAACGGAUUCAGCUUUGCUGGUUUGUCUACCGAUACCACUUGUGGAAACGCUUUGGUUUUCCAAGCCGCACAAGUUGCCGAUGGUGGAUUUGUCAUCGGAGGUACAGAAGGACCGAGCUCUUUUGUACACAAGACUAGUUCAUUUGAAAUUUUAAGAUUAAUUGUUUUGAAACCCUAUAUUAUAUAUUUGCGAUAA